UACUUGAUCCCGCUGUUGCACGAAAAAUUCAUCAAAUGGCUGAUUCUUUUAAUUUCAUCCGUUUGUCACCAUUCAGAGUGAGUACAAACAACUUGGCUUUUAACGCUCCUAUUAUUCGGACCACAUAGCUCUUGAGGCCAUUUCGAUGUUAAGUGGGAAUUAGCAACCAUAAUUACCUAUCAUCUGUCGAAAAAUUUAGGUGAAGUGAUAGGGGAAGAGUUUUUUUUUGUAUUAAGAUGAUGAUUAUGUGGGACAGGGAAGGCGAGAUUUCCACUCCUUCAUGUUUGGCUUAGGUCUACUGUACUUUAUUGAAAAUUAUUAAGAUUAUUCCCCACUUACCAGCUGUAGUGAAAGUUGUGACCAAAGAACCCUUUCUGUCAUUGCCACCCCCUUUACAUGUAACAGUGUCUAGGAUGUAUCAGUCCCAUGUAGACAUGUAGGUUUAAAUAAUUUUCAAGUAAAAUGUAGUACAAAAUGGUACUGUUAGUAAGUAGUAAUAUUAGGCCAAGAAAACUGGAAUAACCUCAAGCCUGUGAAUGGCUGUAGCUUGUGAAGGGUUGCUUGAUCUUAAAUUACUCACUCAGACAUAAAUGUGAUCAUGUGUUCCUUAGGUGGAUUGGUGUGGCCACAUGGCGCUGGGUUGCCAAUGAUGACAAUUGUGGUAUUUGUCGCAUGGCAUUUGAUGGUUGUUGUCCAGACUGCAAGAUACCAGGGGAUGACUGUCCUUUAGGUAAGAUCACAAUGUUUUGUUCAAGCAAGCUGCAUUACUCUGCAAGUGAUGGCAUUUUCAGCUCUCACUUCAGGUUAUGACAUAAUUGUUGAAAUCAAUACUUGUAAUACAAAUAUGACUAUUCAGGUGAUACUUUCUCAUGACAUGUGAUCUUGAACCAGGAGAUACCUUUAUAAGACUCAACUAUCUGUUUCCUCUUUCAGUUUGGGGUCGUUGUUCUCAUGUCUUUCACAUGCACUGUAUUCUUAAAUGGCUAAACUCGCAGCUGCAUCAACAGCUGUGCCCGAUGUGCAGGCAGGAGUGGCAAUUCAAGGAAUAGACAUGUGCUUCAUAAACAGUACUACUCACUAUUUUAACUGGCUUUUAAGGUUGUUGGUUUGAUGCUUUGAGAAUGGUGUUUGCUCUCUUCAGCUGUUCACGGAGUGAAGAAUGGAUGCUGAUAGAUUAGGGGAUAGUUAGGAGAACAGGAAGUAACUUUGAUCAGAACUAAAGCACAGUGCAAGUGUGAAGAGGUAGUCCAAAAGCUGACUUGUCUGUCGAAAAUAAAUUCAGUACACUUCCACAUAAUGAGCUUAUAUCUGAACUCAUCAGCAAAUUUGUGCUUUUUUAAAGACAAAACAAAAUAUCCCUACUUUCAUUGUAAAUUAUCCAUGUUUAUUUCAAAGAUUACAAUCUGU